GCCCUGCGCCCGUUCGAGCUUGGAGCCAAGCGGUUGACCCGCGCAGUGCGCACUCCGCGCAGUAGUUCUCAUCGUGGCAAUCGUGGUGCGGUCAGCGGUACGGCGGGACGGCGGCCGUGUCGUGGUGGUCGCGACACCGCUCUCACGCGCGCGCCGACGACGAGAUAUUCAUUCAGCGUGUCCUCGUACUCCUCGUCCUCGGUCCUCGUACGGUCCCGUUUUCGCGUCGCUCUUAGGACUUGGGACAGCUCGCGGUGAGCCGAUGAGGUGAUGCGCGAUUCCGCGACGGGCCCAGACGUUGGAUCGCCCAGAGGGUGACCCGGAGGUUUUCGCAGGCCUAAUUCCAAAUUCGCCAAUAAUGCUGAACUCGAGGGACACCAGCAGAUGAUCUCUGAUAUAGGUUAGUGCGAGUAAGAAGCACUGCAACAACGGACAUCUAAAUGUCAGGAGGUGUCCUCGCAUAGCGCUGAGUGCUGCGGCCAGGCAUUCUUAAACAUGGCCACGUAUCAAGUCGACUACCAGUGGGCUUAUUCCAUAAUGGAUUCAUCCAGGAUAUCCACUUUCCUAAUAUCAAUUCUACUGAUAGUUUACGGUAGUUUCCGAUCUCUAAACAUGGAGCAGGAGGCGAGGGAAAGAGAAAAGGAGAAGGAACGUAGUAAUUUAUUGACUGGGAUUACGAGCAACACCAGCGCCGGUAACCCGGACGGCGCUAACGGGGGAAGAGUCCAAACUCUCGAUACGAUGCAUGCUCUCUGUCUACCUCUCGGUGCUUCCAUUUCUCUACUCGUCAUGUUUUUCUUUUUCGACAGUAUGCAGAUGCUUCUCGCAAUCUGUACAGCCAUUAUAGCUACGGUUGCAUUGGCGUUUCUUUUAUUGCCCAUGUGUCAGUAUAUCAUUAGACCGUGUUCCGAUGGUAACAAAAUAUCUUUCGGUGUCUGCGGGAGAUUCACCGGUGCGGAAUUACUCUCGUUUUCGCUCAGUGUGAGUAUAGUAUGCAUCUGGGUCUUGACCGGACACUGGCUACUGAUGGAUGCGAUGGGUAUGGGCUUGUGCGUGGCAUUUAUCGCAUUUGUUCGACUACCUAGUCUCAAGGUAUCCACAUUGUUGUUAACCGGACUGCUGAUUUACGAUGUCUUCUGGGUUUUCUUUUCGUCCUACAUAUUCAGCACAAACGUAAUGGUUAAGGUAGCAACUAGGCCUGCGGAUAAUCCAGUAAGUCUCGUGGCUAGAAGAUUACACUUAGGCGGCGUGGCGAGAGCCGCGCCGAAACUACCUUUACCUGGAAAACUGGUUUUCCCAUCGAUGCAUCAAGCGGGACACUUUUCGAUGUUGGGCCUCGGCGAUGUAGUCAUGCCGGGUCUUCUGCUCUGUUUUGUCUUGCGAUACGACGCAUAUAAAAAAACUCAGCUAUUGCCCGGCGGCUGUGAAACUGGAGUACCACCGCCGCGCCACUUGAGCCGAAUUAGCUAUUUUCAUUGCUCCUUGAUCGGUUAUUUUCUUGGUCUACUUACCGCCACUGUAAGCUCUGAGGUGUUCAAAGCUGCGCAGCCUGCCUUAUUGUACCUUGUGCCCUUCACUUUGUUGCCGUUACUCACGAUGGCGUAUCUGAAGGGAGAUUUGCGUCGGAUGUGGAGUGAACCAUUCAUAUCUCAACAACCUUCUAAACACAUGGACGUUUGACAAGAGUCAUGGGUCUUUAUAUAUUGUGUUGCAUUGGAGGCAAAAUUCUUGCAUGAGAUUCACCGUCAUAUAACUUCACAUUUUUAUUUUCAUCAAUGUCAUUUAAUGUAAGUAAUUUUUUCUACACAUACACACAUGUGCGCAAUUCAUUCGCAUUCUUUUUUAAAGUCAAUAUGACAUACAGAGAAUAAAUCAGAUCUAAGGAUCAAUUAUGAUUAUUUGCGAUGCAGAAAUACAUGUAAAAAUACAUUAUACCGCAUAAAUAAUUUAAAUGUAAUAUAAUGUCACGAAUGUAAUGUUAGCGGUGCAAAGAACUUUUUACCGAAACGAUAGAGGACGAAAAAGUCUCUGAGAAUAUUUCUGGAAUGCCAAAUAACACGUAUAUUAUUGGCAUUCUUUCUGUGUCUUAACUUGAUGUUGAGUAUAUGGAUAGACAUUGUGCACAGUAGAUGAUACAACCGAUAAUUAUCGUCAUUUCGAGCUAAUAAGUAAUAACUAAAGACUAUGUAUCACGUGGUUAAUUUAACGAAUGAAGGAAGGUCUUACUUCUACUAUAGAGUCAUCGUAAGAAAUAAAAUAUUCUCAAAAUAUUUACUUUUGAUCGAACAAAAAAAAAAUAGAGAACUAAAUAUUACUCCCACAAAAUUCAGUUACAAAUGACUGGCAAGACUCAUCGCAUUUUUAGUUCGCUAUUUUGGUUCACUAUACUCAAUCAGAAUCGAAUUACUUGCGAAUGUGUAGCUAUGAAUAGGAUAAUUUAUAAACUGUUUGAAUAUUUAGAUAAGAAUCCAAUACACAUAUAUGUGUAGGUUGUGACUUUGUUUUAAAGUUGGUUUAACGCUGAGCAAAGUAGUAAUACUAAAAGUAAAUGUAUAUAUUUAUUAUCAUUUUCGUAAACUUUUAAGGGGGCACGAAGUUUUGCGAUAAUCAACGGCACGCUUUUCGAUAUCACGUUUUGUUUUGCUACUUGUUAAUAAGUCAUAUCUAUUUCGGAAGUAUAGUUCAUUGUCAUUCUCAAUAUGUAAGUAGGAGGUGAAGUACGAAAUUGCGUUGUUAAAGAUAAUUGAUAAUCACAGGAAGGUUUGUUUCAACAAAAAAAAAGGCUUUCUAAACGAGCUCUUGCUAUGGAUAGGCCAUCCGAAAGACUUUAUAUGUUUAUUUAAAGACAAGACUGAAGAUAAUAUGUAUCAAAGCCAAUUUAUUAAGUAACUCUUCUGAAAGAUAAACGAGUUUUUCCAUUCUACCAUUCUCUUAGAUCAAUAUCUAUAAUAUCGUAGAGAUUAAUGAAAAAUAUAACAUAAUAUAUUCUAAUAUAAUACAAUACUAUGUAUCUAAGAGAGGUGGAAUUAUAACGACUUUCAUAUUUGUUUCUUAUAAUAGGUUACGUAAAACUCAUAAUCACAAUUCAAUUACACAUUUAACGAUUGCCUGAAUCAUUUUUUUAUAUCGUUAUACUCAGCGAAUUAAACUAUAUACGUACAUCAGAACAAUCUUUCAUAAUUUAUGGUUCUUCGGAUAAACAUUAUCAUAGGUUUUUUUUAAAUAGUAUUUUUUCAGUUUGAUAGAAAAAUAUAAUAGGGAAGGUGAAGUAUUCGGCAUUUUGAAUUAACUUAAUCUGUGUAUAUUAAUAACAUCAUACACAUGUAUGUUAAUGUAGAAAAACAAAAUCUAAAUUUUCUCUUAUAAACAGAAGGCAUUUCGUCUCGUUAACUUUAUAAUAGUUAUGUUUUUAAUAUUACCUCGUUCUUCAUUUGCCUACCUGUCCAUAGCACAAGCAAUUUAUUCUCCGUCAUUAUCAUAUGCAAUGUCAACCGAACCAUUUUUUUUUUUAUAAUAACCACAUAAAUUAAGUAAUCAAAUAUAUUUUACUUCCAUUACUUUUUCCGAAAAUUACGAAAAUACGUUUGUAAAAUGGUUUUAAUCAAUUUUAAACCAAUUUAUAUAUUUUCUUAAAGAGUAGUUUUCAACCGUGACUAAUGCUCAAAUUACCAAUUUAUUUCUCAGUAUUUUUCUUUCUUUUUUUAUUCCUAUCCAAGUUACGUACACUGCAACAUGACAUUUAUAUUUUUAUAAUGUACAUUUCGAAUUUGUUUUUCUCUUCCAAUGUACAUACGAAUAAUCUCGAGAGGUAAACUUCACAGUAAGAUCUACGUAAUGCCUCUAUAAAGAGAUUUUUGCUUAUUAAGCAAAUAAUCGAAUGCAAUGAAUUUUGAAUACGACGUAGCGUGUAUCUUUAAGGAAACGUUCAAGUUUUCGGACAUAGAUUAGUGCAAUAUAAUUUAUAAUUUAUAUCGCAAGAGGUAUCACAUAAUACUUUUGUUGUACUAAAGUAAUUGUGUAUUUCCCCGUUUUGCUUACAACGACUCCUUCGAUCGAUGAGUGUUUUUGUACAAAAGAAGUUAUAAGGCAUAAUAAUUAUAGAAAUCGUUUAUAAUAAGAUUACAACUUAGUUUAUGGCAAAAAUGAGAGGUACAUUAAUUAUAAUACUUAUUUUCUUUUUCUAAUAUAAAUAUUAAACCAUGUUUUUUGCUGGACAUCCUAAACUCUAACGAUUUAUUUAUUGACUAGAAAAAUUAUGUAAAUUUCAGGAAAAUGUACAUAAAAUAAGUACUCGACUGUCCUUCAGUUUUUCCACAAACUAAGUGACGCGAUAAAAAAAGAACAGAUACUAUAUAUUAGAGAUAUGACGUAUGAUAGUGACAGAAUGAUCAAGGAACAGGUUUAAAUAAAAAUCAAGAGUUAAACCGUAUACACACAAAUAUUAUUAAAUGCUGGAUAUUAUAUAGGUAAUAUACUAAAGAGCACUUGCUUGUACCGUUGCAAUUCUCGACUUGCAUGUGUACAGCUAUGUACAUUUUUAUAUAUAAUAAAACCUGGCCAUUUUCAUAUGGUCGCGUUUGAAAAGUAAAGCUAUUGAUAACAAAUCCA